AUCCCUGCACUUCGAAAUCAGAUUCAAUCUUCUGGGCAUGUUUUAGCCUCCCUCUUGGAGGUGGUCGGUAAAUGGUGGAUUGAUGAAAAUCAAUACGAUCCCUAUCCCCAACUCACUAUGCGAUCGAUUUUUUACUCGAAAUCUCAGAAAAAUGACCUUCAUUUACGAUUAAUGGCAUUUUUAUCAAGAUCUUUUGGGAGUGUCCAGGAAAACACCGGUGUAUAUACCGGCGUUGGCGGGUUAAAGCCGUUCACCGAGCAGGAAAAGGCUCUUUUCAAGGAAAAAUAUUCCGCAUCUCCCAAACGCUUUGAAAAUAUCCUUAAAGUGUUCCCCGAUAGAUCCAUAAACGAGCUAAUACAGUUCUACUAUGAAACAAAAAAGGUCGCCCUGCCUCCAUAUAAAAAAUGGUGGGCUUCUUCCAAAUCUUCAUCAACACAGAUUUCGCUAGUAAAUUCUCUUUCGGAAAGCAACUCGUCGCUUGCCAAUCAAGCAAAUAUGACAUCUAAUUCUGGAGUUAACGAUGCGCAAGGACGGUCUAUAUUUGGAAAGAAGAGAUUAUCCACAGAAAGUGGCAUUUCGGUUCCUCUGAACAAGCCCGCUUCGGCUGUUGAAAAAUUAAAGCCUGUAAAAUAUAACUUUUCCUGGCUGUCGGAAAGACCACUAUUGGCUUACAUCAAUGAAAAUGGAGAUCCUGUACAUAGUAAACGGAAUUAUCGAGCACGGAUUAUGCCUAUCGAAACUAGUAAAGUUACUUUGUGA